CGGUAAGUAACCGCUUUCCCGGUUAAAUGUAACCCGUUUCCCGGCAGCCACCGUUGCUGGGGGUUCGAGCACAUCGUCGCCGUCGUCGCCGUUUAAUCGGGAAACCGGUUACUUACCGACCAAAAGGGCUUGAUUGAACGUUUUUUAAUAGUUCGAGAACUUAAUUGAGUGUUUGUAAAGUACGAGGGCCUAAUCGAUUUUUUCGGCAUAGUACGGGAGCUUAUUUGAUAGUUUUCCCUUUUGAAAAUUUUCUUUUCUUUUUCUUCUCUUUCUUUCCUUCGAUCUCUCCCAGACCGUCGUUCUUCUUCUCCCCCCCUCUGCGUUUCUUUCUCCGGCGAAAGAUUUCAGGCCUCCACCAUACCACUACCUCUCCAUUUCUGCCAAUCAUGCCUCCGUACCCACCACCUCCGCCGGCCGCCGGCCCUACCUUCAUACAAUCAUACCCACCGGCCACCGUUUCCGCCGCCCGGCCGCCCCUAACUCCAUACCCACAGCCGUCCGGCCAACCCUGCCUCCGUACCACAUCCUCCGCUGCCCCUACCUUGACGCCCACUUGCCACCGUCGCCGCCGCCCCUGCCUCCAUACCACCACCUCCUUUGCGGCACCACCCUACCUCCAUAGCUACAGCCUCAGUGCCUCACAGCCCCUUCUGUGUUCCCGAUGGAAACCUGAAAGGCUGAAACAAGGGAAAGGAGUGAAUUUGGCAGGAGAAAGAAACAAAAUGCAGACAUGAGGGGAAGAAGAACGGGUAAAUGGGGGAGAAGAACGGGUCUGGGAAAGAAAAAGAAAGGAGAAAGAGAAAAAGAAGAAAGAAAGAAAAGAAAAAAGUAAGAAAACAAAGUAAAAAAGUUAAUAUCAGCCAACUAGGCUUCCCCUAGGCACCAACCUGGAAACUUGCUUAUGACGUACAAAAUAGCAGAUUUGAUCGUUUUUCAAUACUUC